CUGUAACGGCGUCGUGUGCGACCGAAUGAAUAGCGUCUAUUUCAAACCUGCUAGUGCUACCGCUGCUCGCAACCACUGCUGUACAGGAACACAUCGACACCUCUCUGUUACUCGAAACCGAAUUUUAUGAUAUUAUAUUUUGUUGAAAAGGGUAAAUUCUCUUUGUAAGGUGAUAAUCUGCAACGUUCCGGAACAUUGCUGUAAUGUGGUUGAACACAAGUAAACGUGGUAGCCAAACGAUGGCUCUUAUUGGGGCUGUUAUCGUGUUGUUGAUGCUCCAGCGAGCCGAAACUCUGGCGUCGGCAGGACAGUCGGGCGCCGCUGGUGCGGGUGACUGUAUUCAUUCUCUGGAAACUGGGGAUAUUUUGUGGCAGGACAACUUGACAGACUCGUUUGUUGACGUGGUAUGGGGCUAUGGAGAAGAGGAUACAUGUCACACUCUAAGCGGGUGUUUUGGGAUUAAUGAUACAGAGGACCAGGUGGUGGAUAUCCAGCUUAAACCUAUCCAGCUCCAACAAGGGGUUCAACUCAGGUAGGUUUAGAAGACAGCAA